AUUGUGUACUUGCUUCUUGCUCCUCCUCAGCUUCUCUUAAUUGUCAUCUACUGAAAAGAAAGAGAGAGAUUUCUUUUCUACAAUUUGCAUGCACAAAUAACAACAACAACGAGUGAUGUGUAUCUCCCACUCAUCUAUGUUCAUUCAAUUCUGUAUUGCUUUACAAAGAUAUUUUCUUCAUUUCUUUUUCUCUAUGCCUCACUCUCUUUCUCUCUCCCAUUUAUGUAGCUUGAAAACGAUUCUUUGAAGAAUUUCCAUGGGCAAAAACUCUCUAAUUCUUUGAUUGGCUUCCUUGUUCACUUCAAUUUCUACUCUUUUCAAGCUUCGCAUAUUAAUUUGGCUUAGCUGUGACACAUGGGAUUGGGUCUGAUUUGCAAAGCGAGGAUACAAAAUUUCAAAGGGGACCAAUCUAAAUGGAAUCACACUUGGCUCUAAUUGAACAAUCCUUCAAUACCCGUUAUUCUCUUUGGGCCGGAGAAGCUCUGAAUGGAUUGCCGGACUGUUUUACUAUCACUGAUCCUUGUAUCUCCGGCCACCCGAUUGUGUUUGCCAGCAGUGGGUUUUUGAAGAUGACGGGUUAUUCAAAAGACGAAGUUAUUGGCCGAAAUGGAAGGAUAUUUCAAGGGCCUAAGACGAACCGGAGAUCCGUGAUGGAAAUUCGCGAGGCGAUUAGGGAGGAAAGGGCUUUGCAAAUCAUUUUGUUGAAUUAUCGGAAAGAUGGCACUCCGUUUUGGAUGCUGUUUCACAUGAGUCCUGUUUUUGGUAAGGACGAUGGGAGAGUGAUCCACUUCGUAGCGGUUCAAGUGCCGAUUAUGCGGAGACAGGGGUUGAACGGAACGACUUUGGGCGAGGAGAUUCUGUUUGGCUCGUGUAGAAGAGAGGUCUGUUCGGAUUCUUUGGUGGAUUUGGGUCCGGUUUUGGCAUUGGAUUCGGAUAUUAGAGCAUUAAAUAUUGAUGAGCCAUGUGAGGCGAGUGAGGUAGAGAAGCUCAAAGCAGCGAGUGCCAUUGACAGUAUAUUGUCUGUGCUAACUCACUAUAGCGAGUCAACUGGCAAAUUGGUGUGUGGAAAAAGAUGCAGCAUACCUGGAGCGGACCUUAUCAGCUCAUCUUUAUGUAUAUCUCUUGGUAGAAUCAAACAAAGCUUUGUAUUGACGGAUCCACACUUGCCAGAUAUGCCUAUAGUUUAUGCCAGUGAUGCCUUCUUGAAAUUAACAGGUUAUGCUAGGCAUGAAGUUUUGGGGCACAAUUGUAGAUUUUUAAAUGGAGUUGAAACAGAUUGCUUAACUCUCAAGCAGAUAAAAGAAAGCAUUCAAGCUGAAAAAGCAUGCACAGUACGUAUCUUAAAUUACAGGAAGAACAAGAGUACAUUUUGGAAUCUUCUUCACAUAUCACCUGUUCGUAAUGCUACUGGCAAGGACAUCAAAUGGAGGUUCAGACUCACUUUUUUGCCCUAAAGCUGAUCUUCCUUCAUGUGAUAAAUACAUUUUGGCCCAAUCUUAAACUUUAUGAAGAGAUGAAAGAUGCCUUCAACAAUGGUAUAUGGAAGUAGAUAAGACCAGCUUUAUCUGUUUCAUGGGCUGCAAUGAAUGGAAAGGCUAAUGCUAAUGAUAAUAAUGUUUCAUCCAUCAGUUGUCAGUGUCAGCAAUUACAGUAUUUCUCAGGCUGGCGAGCAAGUGCGGCAGGUAGCCCAUUGUUCAUAAACUUAUGGAUACUCCAUCAAAAUUUGGCUGUUAUAUGUAGCAGUGUUCCAUGGUCCCCCAUUUUUUAUGCUUGUUUAAGUAGUAUUUAAUAUUUUAUGAGCUGUGUCAGAAUCAGCAAUGCCAUCAUGCUGAUGUACUAUACACUUCAUUGAAAAAAUUUAUCAUUUAGGAUGGUUGACAGUUCUUGUAUUUUGAAGUUUAGAAGAAAAAGAAAAGAUAGGAUUACCCAUCUUCUGAAAUCCUUCUUUAUUAGCACAGAGUAACAGUUUCACAAUUGUGUUCAUUUCUGGAAUUCCAAGGUGUCAGAAAUGACCUCUAUAUUUGUGGGUGUCACUGUGGUCUUAUUGUGAUGAGCUAUCACUUAUGUUUAUUGCGUAAUUUUCAAGUUUUUAUGUGCC